UAAUAAUUACCCAUCACCCCAGUCCAAAAGCUCUCCACACUAAUGGCCAUUUUACCAAACCUUUUGCAUGCAUUUCUGGACCCCUCCCAUGUCCAAACCACCCCAAUAUAAAUUUUCAUGUUUGCAUUCCCAUUUUUCGCACAACCCUUUGGUUUCCUAUACUGGCUAACCCCUAUUUCUCAUUCCUAACCUGACCCUCUCUUCAAAAUUCUGCAUUGCCAUUUUAGUGAUUUGGCCAAAACUGUACUCAAACGGGCAGUCCAACAAAUUUUGGCGACCGUACGGCGAGAGAGGACAUGAAUCUAUCCGUAAAUGGCCAGUCCUCUCAGAUCCCGCCCGGUUUCCGAUUCCAUCCAACAGAAGAGGAGCUUCUGCACUACUACCUGAGGAAGAAAGUGGCCUCUCAGAAUAUUGACCUUGAUGUCAUUCGCGACAUCGAUCUUAAUAAGCUCGAACCAUGGGAUAUUCAAGAGAAGUGCAGGAUGGGAUCCACCCCACAAAGUGAUUGGUACUUUUUCAGUCACAAAGACAAGAAAUACCCAACGGGGACUAGAACAAACCGUGCUACCGUGGCUGGUUUUUGGAAGGCCACCGGCCGUGAUAAGGUCAUAUACAGCAGCUUCAGCAAAAUUGGAAUGAGAAAGACUCUAGUCUUCUACAAAGGACGAGCGCCCCAUGGACAAAAAUCAGAUUGGAUCAUGCAUGAGUAUAGGCUGGAUGACGCCACCCAUGAUGCCAGCGCAAAUAAUCUAGAAGGAGACGCAGUGCCACUUGAAGAAAGCUGGGUUGUUUGCCGUGUUUUUAAACAGAAAAACGACCGCAAGGCCGUAGAGAGAACUGCGCAAGGCUCCAUUUCGCAGACGCAGUUCCGCAAUUCAAGCAACAACGACAUCACACUUGAUCAGAUAGUUCAGUGCAUGGGAAGAUCUUGCAAGCAGGAGAAUGAAACAAUCAACAAUCAUGGCGUCAACAACUUCCAAUACCUACCCUCAGCCCUCAAUGGGUUUCCCAACAGAUUUAUGCAUCUACCAAGGUUGGAGGAUGCUCUCUCUUUGCAUUCACCUAAUAGCAACUACCCCUUCAAUAAUCAAGACAGUACUACUUCCAAGGCUUGUGCUCCAGAAAUGGAUGAGCUGCUUACCGAAACCACAUCUUAUCACAACACACACACUACCGAUGGCCAGAGAGAUGGGCAAAAUGACUGGUUUUCGAGUGACCAGCUCACUGACCAAGAGGAUACGAACAAUUAUUUCUGUUUUCCAAUUUACUCCGAUGUGCUGCAUCCAAAUGCACCAAAUACUCAAGCCUCUGAUCAAGUCUGCAGCAGCGAGAUCGAUCUGUGGAGCUUCAUGAGAUCAUCGUCAUCUGACCCAUUUCACCACUUGUUGGUAUAACUGAAUUACUCCAGAUAUCAAACGAUUGAUCGUAUUAUUGUAGUUUUCCUAAAGUAGAAUAUACUAUAUGUAUGUUAUAUGUAUAGAUGAUGGUGCCCGUAAAUAACAGAGGGUCAUAUUCAAGAAGAGGUGGCAUGUAUAAUAAAGCACUUUCCCUCUUCUUGAUCACGGUGUUUUCCAUUUCAACCAUUGUUGUGAAGUAGAAUGAUAUGUUCUAGUGAGCUUUGGGAUAACAUUCCGACAAACACGAGACAUUAUUUUGUUGUUGAAUAUUGAAAAUAAUGCAGUGGGGAAUGAUUGUCUUUGCAA